AUGGCUCAAGAAGAUUCCGGAACGCAAGAGCAACAGGUCGAAGAUGAGGAAGAGGAUUCACUCGGCCUAGGUCCAACACCCAUCAGCGCACUCUCAGAACAUGGUAUUAGCGCAUCGGAUAUCAAGAAACUUACCGAAGCUGGUAACGAUACCAUCGAAGCCAUUGCAUACCAGCCCCGCAAGGCUCUAUUAGCCAUCAAAGGGAUUUCAGAAGCCAAAGCAGAUAAACUAUUAUCAAUCUGUCAUCAACUCGUCCCUCUAGGCUUUACAACGGCAGCCGAAAUCCAUAAUCGUAGAUCGGUGAUGAUCCAUAUCACAACGGGCUCCAAAAACUUGGAUACUAUGCUCGGUGGCGGAAUCGAUACUCAAUCGAUCACCGAAUUCUACGGCGAAUUCCGUACGGGUAAAAGUCAACUCUGCCAUCAUCUUGCCGUCAGUUGUCAAUUACCUGCAAAUAUGGGUGGAGGUGAAGGAAAAUGUAUGUUUAUUGAUACUGAGGGCACUUUUCGUCCCGAGAGAAUCCUUGCAAUCGCUGAACGAUACGGCAUGGAUGGUGAAGAAGUACUCAACAAUAUUGCUGUCGCCAGGGCUUACAACUCAGAUCAUCAGUCUCAACUCUUACGCGAAGCCUCAAGGCUGAUGACCCUCUCUCGAUUUGCCAUCCUUAUCGUUGACUCCGCCACAGCGCUCUACAGGACUGAUUAUAGUGGCAGAGGAGAACUAGCGGACCGACAAGCCCAUCUAGCGAAGUUCCUGCGGGGUUGUCUUGGCUUGGCGGAACAGUUUGGGAUAGCAGUCGUCGUCACAAAUCAAGUCAUGUCCAGUCCCGAUUCAGGACCUGGUGGUGGGGGUCUGGGCAAAGCUCCUAUCGGUGGCAAUAUUAUGGCGCAUAGCUCUACAACUCGUCUACAAUUUCGAAAAGGCAGGGAAACUACGAGAAUAGUUAAAUUAAUCGACUCGCCUUGCUUACCUGAGGGGGAAACAAAGAUGGCGAUCUAUCAAAAUGGAAUCGGAGACCCAGAAGAAGAAUAA